UGCGGGUUUGGGGCGGAGCGUGCUCGGUCGGUUACGGUGAGAAGAAGCCGAGGGAACAGCGGACACAGACGGACACCCUCUCUCGUUUUCACUUCGUGUCCCACGGUUGUUUUUCCAAAUGGCAACGACAGCGGACGACCUGCGGGAACCGGCGAACGUCGCCGCGCUGUCGCCGCAGCACGGCUGCCGGCACCACAACAGCAACAACAACAACAAUAACAACAACAACAAAGACAGCGAGGCGGGAGAGAGCGCGACCUCCGCCACCGCCAGCACGACUGAACGGGACGGGUCGGCGUCGCAGAGCAUCGGCAACGGCUCGGUCAUCAAUGCCACCGGGGGGAGUAACGGGAAGUGGGUCCGGCUGAACGUCGGCGGCACCGUGUUCCUUACGACGCGGCAGACCCUCCUCAAGGAGCAAACUUCGUUCUUGUACCGGCUGUGCCAACAGCAGGACCUGCACUCAGACACGGAUGAGACGGGAGCCUAUGUGAUUGACAGAGACCCAACCUACUUCGGUCCCAUCCUCAACUACUUGCGGCACGGCAAACUGGUCUACAACAAGGAACUGGCUGAAGAAGGUGUCCUGGAGGAGGCCGAGUUCUACAACAUCACACCACUAAUCAAACUGAUCAAGGAGAGGAUCGUGGAGAGGGACUCCAAAGCCACGCAGCAGGUGCCCCCCAAGCAUGUCUACCGAGUGUUGCAGUGCCAGGAGGAGGAGCUGACCCAGAUGGUCUCCACGAUGUCGGACGGCUGGAAGUUUGAGCAGGUCAGCGUGCGCUCCUGCAGAAAGCCCCGCACCGGACUGCUCUGGACUAUGGUGAACAUUGGCUCGUCGUACAGCUAUGGGACAGAGGACCAGGCUGAGUUUCUGUGUGUCGUAUCCAAGGAGCUUCACACUGCUGGUUCUGGACUGGGCACGGAGCAGAGCCACAAAACCAAGCCGGCGGAGAUGCAGGAGGAGGAAGCCGCAAAGGAUGAGGAGGAGGAGGAGGCAGGGAGAAAUACCACACCAAAUGAGUGGCUUAGAGAAUGAGGGAGUCAUGUUUCUUUGUUCCAAAGAGAGGCGGGAAUGGCUUUUCCAGAUCCACGGGUCCCGGAUGUAGAACUUACAAGAAUUUAAGUUGGUUUUUUUUCCUAUGCUUAUUAUGACAUUAUCUGUACACAGUGUGUGUGUGUGUGUGUGUGUGUGUGUGUGUGUGUGUGUGUGUGUGUGUGUGUGUUGCCUCAAUGGACGCUCAUCAAAACAGAUUUGUAGCAUUGUUAUCAGUUCACUGACAAAAUGCUAGUUUGAAAGAUUACCAAAUGACCAAAAAAAUCUCACAGUCAGUUGCAGCAAUAUCUUUGAAAGUAUUUUUCAGUGGAAUCAUUUUAUUAGUAGUAACGUGUUGGUGUGUGCAAACAUCAUUAUAUUGCCAAGUGCAGUAGUGGAGCUUAGUAAAUGAUAACCAAAGAUCCAGAUUAAAGCUGGCUAAGCCAAGGUGCUGAACCAACAUAUGAUGAUAUGAUAUAAAAUCAGCCUGAAGUAUCUGAUAAAUGGCGAAUGGUGUGUAAGGAUCAGAGUAAUUCUGUGCUCCGCAGUUUUUGACUACUACAUUUCCUAAUGUUAGUACAGAUGGAGGUAUUAAUCAGUUAAUUGAAAUUAACUUAAAUAUUUCAGAUCAUCCCAGUGAUGGAUGCCGUUGUCCCCCAAACUUUAGACCAUUGUUCCAUUAGGCUUCUCAUUUAUCUUAUUUUGGGGUAGAAGUUUUCUCCAGAAAGAAAAACCCCUUGACCUUGGAACCAAAACUACCACAGUGAUCCCACUAGCUGCUGACUGCAAAGAUUUCAGCUAGAACCAACUUUACUUGGUCAUGCAGAUUGAAGGAAAUAAUGAUGUAAUAAUUUAAUUAUUUGGCAGUGUGCACUGCAUACAAACACUAAAACCACCUGUUUUAUUUACAAAUGUCCUCAGAUGUGAGUACAUCUUUGGUUCUGAACUGACAUACCCGCUUGCAGGUCUAGUUAUUUGCUCUCAAUGUGAACAUGGGUUAACGCUGGUUUGAUCUUGUGAUAUUUGUUGUUAGUUUAGCCAUUAAUUGGUUCUAUUGGUGUUUAUUGAUAGAUGGAAACAGUGUAGCUGGAGACAUUAUUUACCUAUUUGGCUUAAGCGAGACUGUCAGAGACCAAAAACAGUCACUGUCCAACAGAGCUCAAAGCAAGAGCAGCCAGCGCACACACACUGCACUGACUGAAACACACACCUUUCUACAUUUUCCCCUGCACCUACACACCUGCAUCACCUCAUGCUGAUGCAUGCUCAGCUGCAUAGUCGUCUCAGUCUGUCACCCUGGCUGGGAUCCAGAGCCAGCUUUGGCCCUGGCUGACAGAGAUGUUGGCAUGAGUUCGGACAGGCUGUAACAGAGUCACGGAGAAAGGCAGGAGGGAGGGAGAUGGAAAUGAGGAGGAGAAGGUGAGACAGGAGAGUGAGAUGUAUCUCCAUUUUGUAAUAGCGGUAGUCACAAAAUGUCCACUGUCAUUGUCUUUAUUAAAAUAAGGAACAGCACUUCACUUUCUCACAGUGGGCAGAUCUGCCGCAGUGCAGGUGUAUGAUUGAAAAGGGUUUAUGAAGCGGUUAGUUAGCUAACAUGUGACUUUUAACAGCCUCUAUUGGUAGCUUGUAGGAACUGCACCACAGCUCAGAUUUGUAUCCCCUGCACAAGUGUGUGGCACAAACCCUGACAGCAGCUUGUGAAAUGGUGUGCAGUGAACUUCAUUUCUAGGUGUCCUUCAGCAAAUACACUUGCCACAAGGUUUUAACAGCACAUUACUGGUAAAACUCAAGAGGUGUAGUUGUUGAAUGCUGGAAAAUAAAGGCUUCUACGUAGCUUAAAAAGAACAGGGUGUUUUUAACAACAGGUAAUAAGAUGUGUAAAUACACAUUUAGCCUAGAAUAUGUCUACAAUAGCCCAGUAUCAUGUUGUAGCUUAACAUUUUACCAAACAAAACAUAUAACACGUUGUAGAACAGAUGCAAAUAGAUACGGGGCAGGACGCAGGGAAGCAUUUCUUGGAGGCAUAAAUAACUAAAAUAUUUGAGUUGAACCACAGUGGAUAGAGCAUAACAACAGUAGAAAUAUAACAAAAAAGGGAAUGGAUGAAAUGGUAACCGUACAAAGUUAGCUAGGUUAUCUAGCUAGGCCAGUAGACAUUCCAAAGUGAAGUUAGCUGUGCUAGCCGUAUUAGCUAUACUGGCUAACAGCUGUCUAGAUAAGGCGGUUAACAGCAUUCCAGCAUCUUGUACGAUGAAUGAGUGGGAAAAGAGGGCAGGGCUGUCUUCAUUUAUGUUCAUAAAUAUACAAUUUAUUUUUUUAAAGGGCUAACUUCUUAAAACAGCCCUGCGCUGUAGUUUUUAAUCACAGAGUAAAACACAUAUGGUGGGAUAAAUUCAUAGUUUUUUAUGGAAUUUGUUGACCAAAAGAAACAUGAAAUAUCACGUGCCCUUUAAAGCCAUCCUGCAGUAACCCUAAAAAAUCUGCAGCUCUUUGGCCCUGCCCACUGAGGUUUAGCUCAAGCAGAGAGGUUAUUUCUGCCUCUGAGAUUUCUGCAGCCAUAUUGAGUGUUGGCUGUCAGCGGCUUAUGUCUGCCCCACCCCCCUGCUGUAUAGCUCCUGUGUAACACACUGAAGGGAAACACACAAAUACGCUUAUACAGGCAAUAAGCAGGUAGUCACAAUGUGAGACAAUCUAGAAUUAAGAUCCUGGUUGGCAUUUUUGAUAACAUUUUGAUAACUGAAUCUGGAAAAAAAAAUGCAAAUACAAUAUUGUGUGUUUGUGUGUGUGCGUACAUGACGUAAAGUGUGCCGUCCAUUUUGAGUGUAAAAUAGAAACAGAUAUCCUGGACCUUUUAAGGUUUCUUGCAAUACCUUAUUAGCUGGAUUAGCAGAGUACAGUAAAUGUUAAAAUAGUGACUCGUGCUUAUGAUAAUCAGAACAGUGAUAUUAGCAGGAGGGAGAAGACUGAAAGAGACACGACUGAAUUUAUUGGUUUAUUACUUUUUCUUGUGGCUCUUUUAACUUGGAUCAUUCGGUGCCUUGAGUUCAAGCAGCAAAACUAACGUGUCAGAAGACAGUCGUGUGAAAAUGAUCUUCACAUGAUCAUUACAUGCAUUAUUUUUAAAAACAGCUGUAUUAAUAUUUUAGUUGACGAAUGGGUAGUUUACAGUCUCACUGGGAGUCCAGGUUUGGCAUUUGUGUAAAAUGUGCGUCUUUGCUCUGAGAAUUUUAUUUUUCAUACGGCUUUUCAAAGAAGGUACACAGCGUGCAGCUCCACGUGUGAGUGGAAGCUGUUUCAUGCGGCUCCUGUUGAAGGUGUAAGCUGUUUUGUAUAAAAUGUCUUGCCUUUUUUAAAUUUUUUUUGUACAUUCAGUUGUCUAAUUUAUUCUCAAGGUUUUUUUUUGAAUGUUACACAGUAAAAAUAAUUUGAAAGAACUUUUUUUUAGUGGGAGGGUGUAAGAUCAUCUUUGGGGGAGCUUUGCUUUUUUCUACUUGAUGACUAGCUUUUAUUUUUAAGUAACUGAUGAUCGUCAACAGUAUAUAGAAAUAUAUUAAUCAGGUUAUUGAAAUAUGCUAGUUUUUAGUUCACAUAAAUGCUGUUAAACAGACAUUUCCCCAAGAACAGUGUAGUUUUCCUCUCAAAUGAAAAUGUGUUACCAAUAGGUCAGUGACACGUCCAGUUAACUUUUUUUUUCUUGUUCACUAUUUGUUGAAUAGUGUUUCUGCUGUACAGCUGGGUGUGUUUUCACAUAGCAUUUGAUGUGUAAAUGUCUAAAUAGUAUUCUUUCAUUAUUCUGUGCAAAAAAACCCCAAAACAAUCUGUCAGGCAGCUGUUGAUAGAAAAAUAUUUUUAUCUGAUGCUGGAGUUUCUUUCUUCUGCUGUCCAUAGAGCCUUGGUGUCUGUAUACAUAAAACAAAACUGUGUGACACAUGCAUUGUAACGCCUCAGAUGAACCUGUGCAGGCUUCAAGAAACGCUUUCAAUGAACUGUUUUUCAUCAGGACCUGCACAAUGUACAACAUUUUCAACAAUGUGAUAAAAGGUUUUUUUUUUAAUGCAAUGUAAAUGAAUGUCACCAUUCUCAACAAAAAUAAAUCUUUGUCCUUU